AUGGCCAAGAUCUCGCGUGGUGCCCCCGGUGGCAAGCUCAAGAUGACCCUGGGUCUCCCAGUUGGUGCCAUCAUGAACUGCGCCGACAACUCUGGCGCGCGGAACCUCUACAUCAUCUCCGUCAAGGGUAUCGGUGCCCGCCUCAACAGACUACCCGCCGGCGGUGUCGGCGACAUGGUGAUGGCGACAGUCAAGAAGGGCAAGCCUGAGCUCCGGAAGAAGGUCCACCCCGCCGUCAUCGUCCGCCAGGCCAAGCCCUGGAAGCGCUUCGAUGGCGUCUUCCUGUACUUUGAGGACAACGCUGGUGUGAUCGUCAACCCCAAGGGCGAGAUGAAGGGUUCUGCGAUCACUGGGCCCGUCGGGAAGGAGGCUGCGGAGCUCUGGCCCCGUAUUGCCAGCAACUCGGGUGUCGUGAUGUAA